AUGUGCCCGACUCGGAGCCCCGGCUUUCCCGACAGCCUGCCCCGCCGGUGCAGCAACCUCACCACCCUGCAGACCAACAGUGACCCCACCCUCAGCUCCUUCAUGUUCGCAGCGGGCCUAGUGGGCAACUUGGCGGCCCUGGCCAUCCUCGGCCUCCACCGGAAGGAGCAGCGCGCCAAGACCUCGUCCUUCUGCAUCUUGGUGACCGGCUUGGUGGUCACCGACCUGGCUGGUACCUGCGUGGUCUCUCCGGUGGUCUUCGUGGCCUACUCUUGCAACUCCACCCUGGUGGGCAUGGUGGGCGGCCGGGACUGGCUGUGUAACCUCUUCGCCUUCUCCAUGAUGUACUUCAGCCUGGCGGCCAUGUUCCUGCUCUGCGCCAUGGCGGUGGAGCGGUGCCUGGCCAUCAGCUACCCCUACGUCUACUCGCAGCACCACAUCCGGCGGUGGGUGAAGCUAUGCCUGCCCCUCACCUACCUCUUCAGUGGCCUCUUCUGCGCUCUGCCUUUCCUGGAGGUGGGCAAGUUCAAGCAGUAUUGCCCGGGCACCUGGUGCUUCGUCCAGAUGGACAAGGACUUGGUCUUGGGCGACAAGGACGUGGCCUUCUCGUUGUCCUACGCCACCGUCAUGGCCUUCCUCAUCGUGGCCAUCUUCAUCUGCAACGGGCUGGUCAUCGUCAGCCUCUGCCAGAUGUACCAGAAACAGAGACACCGUCGGCGGGGGUCCCUGGGCGCGGGACAGCGCUGGAAGAAGAGUUGGUUCAGCCGAGGGGAGGAAGAGGUGGAUUACCUGAUCUUCCUCGCUCUUGUGACUGUCAUCUUCGUCAUCUGCACGUUGCCCCUCACGAUCCGAGCCUACAUCGGGGGCAUCGAUCCAGACCACAGCGAAGCGGCCGACAUGGUGGCCUUCCGCUUGAGCGCCCUCAACCCCAUCGUGGACCCUUGGCUCUUCAUCAUCUUCCGCCAUGCUGUCUUCCGCAGCCUCCGCCAUUUCUUCUGCUACCAGCUCAGCUGGCCCUGCUGGUUUCGGCCGCCCAAAGGGACGACCACGCUCAGGAUUCAGGACAGCCUCCCCUGCCAAGCCCAGUCGGUCUGCUGA